UCCCAUCCUGCGUCCCACACCCCUGAGCACAGUUACACCCCCAAUCCCAAAGGUGCUCUGGAGCUGAGGCUCCCCUGGGAUGGGGCUGGACAGGGUGCUCCUUUCUCUGAGUCCUUAAUGUGGGUUCCCACCUGCCAUCGUGCCCUGUGCCCCUGGAAAUGGGCCUUUAGUGGGCUGAUGGCUCCUGGGAUGGGCCUGGAAGCAGCCGGCCGGGUGCUGCUUGGGCUCCCUCUCCUGCUGGCGUCACCCUGUGCUCCUCCGUGGGUCUGCAGGGCAGCUUUUAGCACAUACCCUCCUUAAUUAUCAGUAUAAUUAGGUUUGGGAUAUGUAUAUAUAAUCUAAAUAAAAUUUCUCUAGUUUAAAGAUUUGGGUUCCCUUCUGUAAUUAGGGGAUGUUUAGGGCAGGAAGCAAAGGCAGGAGUGUUCAUAUGCAGAUGAAUUCUUUACUCUGAGGGUGGUGAGGCACUGGAACAGGUUGUCCAGAGGAGUUGUGGCUGCCCUAUCCUUGGAGGUAUUCAAGGCUGAGUUGGAUGGAGCCCUCGGCAACCUGGUCUGGUGUGUGUAAUCCCUGCCUAUGUCUGAGGGGGGGUUGAGAUGAGCUGAUUUUUGAGGUUCCUUCCAAUCCAAACCAUUCUGUUGUGUGAUAAUGAGCAGGGAGCGAAUACAGAUGUGUAGCACAGGAGAAGAGGUCGGCACCGGGGAGUCUAGCAGGACAAAGCAGGGGACACAGACGGCAGCUUUCUGUGCAGCCCUGAGCGCAGGGGUGCCUUGCGGGAGGGGCGAUGGCUGAUGGCUCUGAGAGCAGCUCUGCUCGGACCACUUUUCUGGCGCUAACGCUGCCCAGGCACUGCAAAGGAGCAAAGUGCACUGAAGGGAAAGGGGGCAGAGCCUUGGACUUUGUAUUAACUGCAAAGCACUGGUGACAGUCAGCUCUGAGUAGCGUUCCCGGCUGGUAAACACCCGGUGCUGUUGGCAUCGGCUGGGCAAGGGCAGCCUCAACCCUUCCCAGCUCUGGAGGAUAGAUGCACCCCAAAAACCCCUUACUGGCAUCCAGGUGCUCAUAUUCGGGGCCGCUUCAUGCAGAGCCCAAGGCUACUUCUGCUCAAGACGUUAAUUAAACAUUCACCAGAGGGUUGAUUAAGAGUUAAUCGGGCAUUCACCGCCCCAGUGCCCAGCACCCUGUGCAGCCCUGCCUGACUUUGAACCGUCCCCGUUCUGAGAUGGGGCGCGCACAGAGGUCCCUUCCAGCCGAAAACAUCCUUCGGUUCUCUGGAUCCGCUAACAGCUGCAGAUGUCACCCAGCUGGGAGCGUGGGGUGCGACAGGCUCGGAGCUUUCCGAGCGCCGGGGACGCGGCGCCGGGGACAGCGGCGGGCCCGCCCAGGCGGCGGCUCCGCGCAGCCGGGCCCGCCCCCGUUCCCAUGGCAGCGGCCGGGCCUCGAGCGCGGCCUGCCCCGAGAGCAUGGAGGACGAGGAGCCAGAGGGGGAGGAGGAGAAGGAAGAGGGGGAGGAGAAGGAGGAGGAUGAGGAGAAGGAAGAGGAGCCAGCUCCCUGUCCCCUGACGGAGGAAAUCCUCAAGGAGGGCCUCUCUCUCCUCAGUAAGACCGGCAACGGGCUGGCUCUCGCCUAUGUGAAGUUUGAAGCCAAAGACAAGGGCCUGACAGACAUCAGCCUCCUCGAACGCUUCAUUCACCUGCGGUAUGUGGAUUUGUCAAAGAACAAGCUGAAAGAUUUGGCCCCGCUGAGCAGCCUAACCCAGCUGCUUUGGCUGAAGGUGGAUGGGAAUCUGCUCACCAGUGCCAGCAUGCAGGAGCUGCCCUACCUCCAAGUCAUCAGCUUUGAUCGCAACCACAUCAUGGAUUUUGAGGGCAUUACUCAUCCCCUCCUAGCCAACCUCAGCCUGAAAGGUGAUACAGACCACCUCUCUUCAUUCUUAUGGGGAGACUUUCUUGGACUGGUAGGAUUAACUUGUUUCUUCUUCCUCUGGCACCCAGAAAAUAAAAUCCAGAAAGUGCUGGGCCUGAGUCACGACCAGUUGUUCAGCCUGCAAGUCCUGGAGCUGCGAGGAAACAAGCUAGAGACCACAGCAGGGCUGGGUGUUUCCAAGCUCAAGAAGCUCUAUCUGGCCAAGAACACCAUUUGCAGCCUUGAAGGCCUUGAGGAGUUCAAGCAGCUGGAGACUCUGCACCUGCGUGACAACAAGCUUGAGGCCCUGGAUGGAUUCUCUGACAGCAUGAAGUGCCUGCAGUACCUCAACCUACGGAGCAAUGGGAUCAAAAGCUUUCAGGAGGUGGAAAAACUGCAGGUUCUCCCCAUGCUGCAGGCACUGGUGCUGAUGGACAAUCCGUGCACCGAAGAGCCCAAUUACCGGCUGGAGGUCCUGUCCCGGCUGCCACAGCUGCAACGCCUCGACAAGGAAUCAGUUGAGGAAGAGGAGCGGGAAGAGGCGGAGAAAAUCCGUCAGACAAGGAAGCAAACAGAAAUGGAAAUGGAAGCACCUCUUGAGGAUACAGUGACUGAGUGACCUGUUUUUAACACCUGUUCCCAGAGGCUGUCAAGAUGUAGUGAUGCCUUUCCCCAUAUGUGAGGCUGGGAAAGUGAGAGCUGUAGGUACCAGCUUCACCUCAUUUUACCUCUGGAGAAAAGAGGAGUCCUAUCCAUCCUGGUCCUAGCAGCUGCCCUGAGGCACUGCAGUGUUUUUGCAGUCACUGCACUGUGUUCUAUUCUCAGUAGGCCUGAGAGGGGAAAGGGGAGAGUUACAGGUUCUGUGGUUCGAUUUGAUUCCCAAAAACUCUGCAAGAUUUUCUGAUUUGAAUAAAAAUAAUUAAUGAGCCUGGAGUGACUGGGAU